AUGUCUUUCUGGGUCUGCUGCAACUCCUGCUUCCUCUGCCCCAGCGCCGACCGCAAACUGGCUGUCACAACCUGUGGCCAUGUCAUCUGCAGCGUCUGCUACCAGAAAGGUAAUCCUGGAAAGUGUUUAAUAUGCAGCUCAAAAUGUCAAGUAUCAGCUCUCUCAGAGAAAAGCAGUGCUGAAGUGAAGGCCCUGUUUUCUGACAUCAACAGUACGGCGACCAGACACUUCACAGAAAUCAGCAAGGUGUUAAAGUUCCAGUCGAGACACCAGAAGAGGAUCCUGGCUUAUUAUCAGCAGAAGAAUAAGAAGCUAGAUGAAGUGUUGGUCAAGAUGAGGCAAGAAAUGCAACAGAUGACAGAGAAGCUGAAUGAACAACGCACCAACAUUGCGAAGCUGAAAAACUCCCUCCAGCAGCAGAGGGUGAAGCAGGCUUCAUCUGUGCCCCAGAUGAGCCGCAUGUCCCAAACGCCACAUGGACAUAAAGCGGUUCUUCAGAUGCCGUACACUUCCCCCGUCUCCCUCUCACGACACGCUUCAGUCUCAAACAUGACUGAAAACAUGGAGGUGGAUGAAGGGAGUCUGUUCAGAAAGCCUGUCCCCGCUCCCCGGCUGUCCUUCAUCGCCUCUCCACAGGACGGGACGCUGGGCCCCGGCUGCCUGUCGUCCCAACGCUCCGCCUGCUCGGCCACGGUCAGUCGAUUCCAGGGAGCCUCUCUGACCCCGAGCGUCUCCUACAGCCAGACCCCGGCCUGGAAAUCUCCCAUCUUCAAACCUCUGUCCUCCUUCAGACACUCCAUGUCCUCCCCAGUCUGUCCUUCUCCUUAG